AUGGGAGGAGCUUCGGUUCGUCUUCCAGAAGACAUAGAGGUUGCUUGGUUCCUCUUUGAAGACACAGAGAGAGACGAUGUGAGGAUGUUUCCUGAUGACAUUGAGCAUGAUGCAAAAAAUGAGGAAGAAAGUCCAUUGUUUGAAACCAUUCGGAGCAAAUGCAUCACACAAUUGUUACUUCUAGGUGCCAUUGAUAGUAUCCAGAAGAAAUACUGGAACAAGUUGAAUGCACCACAAAAGAUUAGCAUAAUGGACAUUUUGUUCUCUGUAUUAGAGUUUGCUGCAACAUAUAAUUCAUAUACCAACCUCAGAUUGCGAAUGCACUCCAUUCCUGUUGAAAGGCCACCGUUGAAUCUUCUCCGCCAGGAAAUAGUUGGGACUUGUGUUUAUUUGGAUGUCUUACAGAAAACAACUGCAGGAGUUGAUCCCUGCAGAGAGGACUCACUUCAAACAAAUGUUCCACGGGAUGUAGAUAAUGCAACUCUCACUGAACAUAAUGAAGACCAAAAGCUUCAAGGAAUAGCAGAAGAAAAACUAGUAUCUUUUUGUGGGCAGAUACUGAGGGAGGCAUCUGAUUUUCAGUUCAGUGUGGGGGAGACAACUAAUAUGGAUAUACAUCGAGUUCUAGAAUUGCGCUCUCCAAUCAUUGUUAAGAUCAAAUUUUUAUUUUCUGAAUGGCCUCUAGAAAUUCUUCCAAUUUCUGUCUUAGCAGUUUCCAAGAAUGCAGUUCAACCACCAAUGCCUGAUGGAACUCGUUUUAUAAGCCCUGAGGUUCCUAUUAGAAAGAUGAGAAUUAGGCUGUGA